CAUCUGCCAAGAUAAACCAUCUCUGGAGGCCAAGUAUAAAAGGGACCAUUGAAUAGCUUCACCAACUAAUUUCACUUUAGUGUUCUCUCUUCUUCUUCUUCUUCAAUGGAACAGCAAUUAACAUUUGUGUUGCUUGAUAGCCCAAAAGGCGCCAAGACUGUAGAAACCCUAGACCCCCCUUCUUUUUCUUCUUCUGUUGCAUCCUCCUCCUCCAUUGAUCGUCGUCAUCGAACCUUCUUCAAGUUCUUCGUUUACUUGUCUUUAGUCGCUCUCGCUUACUAUUUCAUCAUCUCCAGUUUCACCGUCUCUCCAAUUCCCCCAACUUUGCCGGAUACUUCUUCCGCAAACGGUUCAUCAGCAAAGUGUGAUCUUUUCACUGGAGAUUGGGUACCGGAUCCAUCUGGUCCUCUGUACACCAAUCUCUCUUGCCACCACAUUCAAGAUUUUCAGAAUUGUCUUUUGAAUGGACGGCCAGAUGUGAAUUAUCUCUUUUGGAGAUGGAAGCCUCGUGAUUGUGACCUUCCUCGGUUCAGUCCAUCCCAGUUUCUCGAUUCUGUCAAGAACAAAUGGUGGGCUUUCAUUGGUGACUCCAUCGCUCGUAACCAUGUCCAGUCUUUCAUCUGCAUCCUCUCUCAGGUUGAAGAAGUGGAGGAAAUCUAUCACGAUAAGGAGUUCAGAUCCAAGAUAUGGAGAUUCCCUUCUCACAACUUCACACUAUCAGUCAUUUGGUCUCCUUUCCUUGUCAAAUCCGAGACACCAAACAACUCGGAUAUCCAGCUUUACCUCGACCAGCUCGACCCCAAAUGGACCGUCCAAUACCCUAAAUUCGACUACGUUGUCAUCUCCGGAGGCAAAUGGUUCCUGAAAACCACAAUAUUCCAUGAGAACAACAAUAUCACAGGCUGCCAUUACUGCCAAGCAAGAAACAACCUGACCGACCUCGGCUAUGAUUACUCCUACCGCAAAACGCUAAACCUUCUCCGUGACUUUGUCCUUAACUCAACCCACAAACCGCUUGUUCUGUUCAGAACUACAACGCCUGACCAUUUCGAGAAUGGGGAGUGGAACACUGGUGGGUAUUGCAACAGAACGAUGCCGUUCAAAGAAGGUGAGGCGAAAAUGAAAACCGUUGAUGAUGUGAUGCGUGAUGUUGAGAUUGAGGUGUUUCAGAAAUUCGGGAAAGGUUUCGGUUUGGGAUCCAACAUUAGACUACUAGACACGACUGGAAUGUCUCUUCUCCGUCCAGACGGGCAUCCGGGACCGUACCGGCAUCCAAAUCCUUUUGCUGGAGUUAAGGAUAAGAGCCAUGUUCAGAAUGAUUGUCUGCAUUGGUGCUUACCCGGUCCAAUUGAUUCAUGGAAUGAUGUGAUGGUGGAAGCCAUGCUUAACCGGGAACGGGAACUAUACGAUUUAAUCGGUAAAAAGUAGUACUCGAUGUUGCUUUGCUUGUAGCUAGUUACGGUCUAUAGCCGUUCGUUUUCCCACUUGUUAUUUUGUUAGUAAAUAUAUAUAUAUAUCAAAUUUGUAAUGGUUCGUUCGUUUUAGGAAGAAUCCUUUAAUAUUUAAAGGAUGACUUUCAUAAAAACUAAGAAACUGAGAUGUCACUUGCAAUUGAUCAUAAUCCUACGUUAUAUUGAA